UCCUUAAUUAGAAGGGUUUUUGUUAACAAAUAUUAGACAUAUUGGUUUGAGUAACUUGUGAUUUUACUUAUAUUGCAUUAAAAUUUUAUGAAAUCAUUCUUAAUAUUCCGUUUUUCGUAUACAAUUAAAAUUAUAUAAAUGUAGUUAAUAUAGGUGAGUCUGUGUCAUUAAACAAAAAUUAGGUACCAUGUCUAAUAUCGACAAUGAAAAUCCCAUUCAGAGAGACUGCAGGACCUUACUCUUAUGGUUCACAAAUUCACUUAAAAGACGCCCUGAAGGUCGUGUCUGUAGGCAAUAUGCUGCCCUAUACAGCCAUAUUGCAAAGGUGUCGAAUGAAGAAUACCAUCCUUCAAUCUCCAACUGCAUAGCACAGUGCAUUACAUGGUACAUUCAAUCAACUAGCAAGCGAAGAAGGAAAAUGCCGGACUUUUUGGAAGAUGUAAAAAGGAAACUUUUUUUUCUUCGUCUCUAUAACCAGAGCGUCAUUAAGUUCAAUGGAAGAUUUCCGUAUUCGGAGCAACUGGUUCGCCUUUUGGUACAGUAUAUCGUUUUGGAAUUCGAAGUUCUUUUCUGUUCCCCAAAUUACGACGAAUCCUUAGAGGAGGAAGUCGAAAACAGAAUCACGCGCAAUUUGGAAUUGAUUCUGUUCGAUUCGUGUAAACACGGUAUUUUGACGACGAAAACUGCCGUUGAUGCCUCAUCGGUGGCCGCCCUCAAAAUACUCACCAACGUAAAGACUGAUCAUGGCAAUGAGAACAAGUUGUACAAAAAUAUUAUUAAUAGUUUAAUUGUAAAAUUUCUUAAAAAAAUCGGCAUGUUGACCAAAUUGGAAGAGAUAGUCAAAAAUAAAAGUUUCACUUCGCUACAAAAUCCUGUUCUUCAAAGUAUACGUCAAAAUCUCAUUGCGAAUGACUACGUGCUCCACGAGCAAUUCAGUAUUUCGGACGACGAAUAUGACGAUAAUUGGAGAAGUUGGGAUAAACCGUUAGGAUUUGAGCCACCAAAGCAUGAAAAAUCGAAAUUAACAAAUGGCCAUAAAGAUGUUGGGGUGAGAGAGAGGAUAGUGAAAAACGGUUUUCCUAACAAAAAAGCUCAAAGACGAGAAAAUAGGUGCGCUAGUCUCCAAAAACCUACCUCUACCAAUUCUACAGAUAAGUCCAUUUUAACUAUAGAAAUUGUCGACGACGACGAUGAUGGCAUUGACGAGGUAAUUUACUUUCAACCCGUGCCUCAAACUUGUAAAGAUACGAACAGAACUGUUUGUAAUCCAGUGAAUAACAAUUUAAAUGGAAUCAAACCCUCACCACACAAUAAUUCUCGAAAACAAAUAGCAGAAAACUCUAAGAAUAGUCAAAACCAAAACAUUAGUGAAAUAAAUUACAAAACUGGCAAAAUAAAGAGGCAAAGAAACCAUUGUGUUUGUUCAAAAGUCGAAGAGAUUAAUCAAAAUGUUACCAACAAGCCGUUAGAAGUAACUAAAGUAAUAACUUUCGAAAACGAUAAUGCGUUGGGAAAAAAUGUUACGUUAAAUGACCAGUUAAUUCGCGAAAAGAAUAAUAAUGAAAAAUCGGAGAAAACAAUCUCAGGCGAGCCCAGUGGAUCCCGGAUUGAAGACGUAGAAAAUGAAUUGAAAAGUCUUUUAGAAAGUCAUAAUGUUGAUGAACCUAUUAGAACCAUUGACGCUGACCAAACAAUACUCAUAAUAGACGAUCACGUAGAAAGUUCGCAACAAGAUAAGUCAAAACACCAAUUUGUACAUAAUGUAGAAAGUAACAAACAAUUAGCAUCUACUUCAAAAAAUUCUAAAGCCUUCGUAGAUGUCACAGUGCCAGAGAAAAUACAGAAAAAUGGAGAAAACAGUAAAGGGUUUCGAGAAUUUUCCCUUGAAAACGAUAUUGAUACUGAAUUAGAUUUUGAACACGAUUGGCUUACUACUACAUCUUCAACUGAAAAUAGAUUAAUUGAAACUAAAACUACUGAAAAUGUAAGUAAUAAUGAAGAGGAUAGUGCCUCAAGGUUUUUCGACGAAUUAGAAGUCACCGUUGUCGAAAAUAAUACAACUGAUCAAAAUCGAAAGCAAAUUAAAGACAAAAUACAAAAUAAUGAAAAGCAAGAAAUAGGCGGGAGUAUUCUUUUGGUGGAUGAUGAUAAGGAAGCGUCUAAAAAUACUGAAAAUGGAACCUUGGAGCAUAGUACUUAUCACAACUUUUCGAAGGAAAAUUUAGAAAAACAUCCUAAAGACAAGGAAAUUGUUGAUAAUUCCAAAAAUGUUGCACUUGCAAUUAACACCAACAAUCGUGGAAGAAGCUAUGAAGACAAUGAAGUGGCUGAAUGUUCUUCAAAAGAUUUAGAUCAAACUCCUACUGUAGUAUGUGGAAAUGCUGAAGAUCGUCAAGGAGAGGAAGAGAGCGAAGAAGAUAUAGAAAGUGAAAAAAAUUAUGUGAUUGAUAAUGAAGGAAUGUUGGAUGAACAGGUAGAAGAAAAUUCCCAAAGCGAAAUGUAUCAUAAACGCGAAGAAAUUAGGAUUUUAGGAAAGAACGAAGAAUGUAAUGUAAAUAAUGAAAUCGAUGCUAACAUUGCAACUAGUGAAGAAUGUAAUGGACAGGCAGUUGAAGAAAUUAUUGUAAAUUCUACAGAAGUUUAUGAAACAAAUUCAACAUCUACUGAAAAUGUAGAAGUUGUUGCAGAUCUGAAGGAAAAUAAUCUGUAUGAAAAUGAAGACGUUAUUGGAAAGCCAUUGCAGAAUGAUGGUCAAAUUAGUUUAGUGAAAAACGCAAAUCAAACUACCGAUAAAGAAGUAACGAUUGAAGAAGAAAAAAUCAGUGAUCGAGCUCAAAAAAGACGUCCAUCAAGUGAAAUUGAAUGUCAUAACGAAUCAGAAGAAGACUUCCAAACCUUAGAAGAAGAUUCAAAUUUAUUAAAGAACGAUAAUAGUGAAUCAAUAGGAAACAGUCAUAAUAUUUUAUCGAAAAAGGUGCAUGAUAAUGUAGAAGAAAUGAAGAUUUUAGGGAAGAAUGAAGAAUAUAAUGCAGAUAAUGAAAUCGAUGCUAAAAUUGCAACUAGUCAAGAAUAUAAUGGCCAGGCAAUUGAUAACAUUAUUGUGAAUGCUACAGAAGUUUGUGAAACUAGUUCAACAGCUACUAAAAAUGUAGACGUUAAUGUAGAUGUGAAGGAAAAUCAUCCGUAUGGAGAUGAAGACGUUAUUGCAAAGUCAUUAGAAAAUGACGGCGAAAAUAGUUUAAUGGAAAACGCAAAUAAAUGUAUCGAUAAAGAAAUAAGGAUUGAAGAAAAAAUUAGUGAUCAAGCUCAAAAGAGGUGUCCAUCAAAUGAAAUUGAAAGCUUUAAAGAAUCCCAUGAUUUCCAAACUCCACAAGAAAAUUCAAAAUUACUAAAGAAAGGCAAUAGUAAAUUAAUAGGAACCAAAAAUAUAGAAGAUAUAAUUAAUACUUUAUCGAAAAGGGUGUAUGAUAGUAAAAUGAAAAGUAAAAGCAAAAUGUAUAAAAAUAAUGACGCACACGAUCUGGCAUUUGAAAAUGAUCGUCAAAGAGAAGCCGAUUUGAUCGAAUUUCAAUCAAUAGAAGAAAACCAGCAACAUCUCGAAGAAGAUACAAAUACAAUUACGAAAUGUUCAGAGAAAGUCGAAGGUGUAUUUGACAAAAGUGUACAAGCCAGUGAAAAUAUUGCUGAUUAUUAUGAAGAAAAUUCUGCUGGAUCUCAAAAAAACAUUUCCAUAGAAACUACAGUAGUUAUGGAAGAACUACAGGCAGAAAUAGAAUAUAAAAACAAAAAAUCAGUAGAAUUCGACGAUAACGUCGCGCAGCUCACCGAUAACGACAGUGCAAUCAACGAAGAAACGACCAACACUACACAUUUUAAGAAUUUAGAAACAGAAUGUGAACAUAAUUUAACUAAUAACGAAGCAAUUCUUGAAAAUUCUGGCGAAUUAGCAACGUCAGUAGAAUCCGACGAUUUACAGCUCAAAGAUAAUGACGGUGUCAUCAAUGAAGAAGAAGUCUUCACCACCAAUUCUAAGAAUUCAGAACCAGAAUGUGAAUCUAAUUUGAUAGAUAACGAAAUUCAGGUUUGCGAAACAAUUCUUGAAAAUUCUGGCGAGUUAGCAACAUCAGUAGAAUAUGGUGGUAAUGUUGCGCCACUCAAUGAUAACGAUGCCAUCAAUGAAGAAGAGGUCGUUACCACAAAUUCUAGGAAUUCAGAACCAGAAUGUGAAUCUAAUUUGAUACAUAAUGAAAUUCAAAAUUGCGAAACAAUUCUUGAAAAUUCUGGCGAGCCAGAGACAUCAGUAGAGUUCGACGAUAACGUUGCGCAACCCAGUGAUAACGACGGUGCUAUCAAUGAAGAAGAGGUCAUGGUCAUCACCACAAAUUCUAAGAAUUCAGAAUCAGAAUUUGAAUCUGAUUUGAUUGAUAACGAAAUUCAGAAUUGCGAAACAGUUCUUGAAAAUUGUGGCGAAUUGGCAACAUCAGUAGAAUACGACGAUAACGUUGUGCAGCUCAGUGAUAACGAUGGUGCCAUCAAUGAAGAAGAGGUUACCACCACAAAUUCUAAGAACUCAGAAGCAGUAUCAGAUAAUCACUUGAAAUCUAACGAUACGAUUAUUAAUGAAACCUUACACGAAGAAGUCGGAUUUACCAGCAGGCAAUUAACUGUUGAACAGAAAGCAGACAACGAUGACUUCGAUAAGGAAAUCACUAACGAAUUAACGCAAAUGGAAAAAGAGGCUCAAAAAAAAGUUACAGUUGAUAAUAUUACUGCAAAUAAUGAAACAAUUGUUGCUUUAAAAAAUCAUGUAAAAAAUGAGACGCUUACUUGUCAAGACGAUGGGAAACUCAUUUUGGAAACUGAUCGGUUUCCAAAAACAGACCUCAAGCUCAAUGUUUACAGAAAACACGAUCCGACAAUUCCAGAACUGACUGAUACAGAAAGGACAACAACCGAAAAUCACGAAAACAUAACGAAUGAUAAUGACUACGUCACAACAAACGAAGGGGAAAUGGCCCAAAAGCCAAAUCAAGGAUCAAAUGUAGUUUUCUAUGUUCUUCAUCAAGAUGUUGCCGCAAAAGAUUCUGAUCCAAAUUUAGUCACGGAUGUAUUUCAAAAAGAACAACCACAACAUGAAACUACAGAGAUUAUACCUGUUUCUGAAAAAUCUACAAAUGAGCUCGAGAAGAAUAGAUUUCCCGCGUUUCUCAACCCCAAAACCAGUGCUUUAAUGGCUAGCAUUCAAUAUGAACCGAAAAAUUUCUAUUCUGAAUUUUCUUCAAAGGUAAUCAGUUGUAGUACCCCUUCAUACAAGACAAAAACACCUCUUGAUACGUCUGCACCUUUUCCGGACCAUAAAAUUUACGAUAUAAGAAACAGUUCUCUCCAACCUGCAACCGAAGAUUUUUAUAAGGAAUCUUCCGACAGCAGUCUGCAUGUGCUUGCAAACGUAUGUGUGGAACUGAAAAACCUGGAAUACGGUCAAUCAGAAGUUAUCAACGAAUAUAAGAAAAACGAAAUGUUUGAAAAGGUGACCAAGAACAGCUCAAAGACUCGACCAGUGAGACCAGGAAGGCGAAAAAAGAAAUUAGCUCAAGAAUCAAGUGAUUGCAAGAGGAUAACCAGAAGUUGCACAAAAAAGAAUUACGAAGAGAAGGACGAAAAUUACUUCUUUUGCGACGAAGAUAUUUUUGAUGAUAAUUCUACAAUGAUUGCCGAGACUAAACAUAAAAGGAAACGUUUAAAACCUGUUAAACUUGAAUAUACUCCGAAUAAUUCAACAACGUGGUCAAAAAUGAGAAAAAAAAAUUCCCAAAAUAACUCAAAAAACGAGUCUUCAAAAUUGAAUGAAAAUAAAAUCGAAGUUACAUCCCCGCAUAAAUCAAAAUCAGGUAGAAGAAGAAAGAGCAGUUGUUUUGCAGAACAAGUAACACCGGAUAUUUCAGAAGAAUUGGCAAAUAAUUCAUUCGACGUCUCUGAAGGAAAUUUCCAGGAACAAGAGAAUGAAAAGCUGGAAUUUACAUUUAAAAACAUUUUAUCAUCUACAAAUGAAUCAGCGCAAAAUAAUGUAGGGAAGAGAACUGAAGACAAACCCGAAAAUAAAGUUUAUGAAUGUCCUACCGAAACCUUUACGUCAAAUUUUAUUAAUGAAAAAAGUAAGUUACUUAUCGAGAAAAACAAUAAGUUUAAAGUCGACAGUUCCAAGUGUGAAUUGGACGAUUUUACUAAUUCUGGAAGUUUAUCAGCAAUUAAAGAACAUAAUAAAAUAUUCGCUCAAGUUGCUGAAAUGAGCGCUGUAACCGAUGACAGCAACGACAGUUAUAAUGGAGGUUUAUCAAUUGUCCAAUACGACAACGACAGCCAACCUGAAGGGUUUAAAGGAAGAAGACUUUCUAUAUAUGACGAAAAAACAUUGGAAGAACAAUUAGAUCUUGUAACCACCGCUGAAUACGUCCAACCGAUUGAUCAACUAAUAUGUAUUAGUAUUCCAGAGACAGAAAAAGAAGAUGAUGAUGAAGAUGAAUUAUUAAAGCAAGUUGAGGACUUUCAAAACAAUCUGGAAAAGGUGUCACAUGAAAUAGAAACACCGAAAAAUGAUGAAAUUAUCAGUUGUGUGCCAGACGUCUCUACCGAAAGUUUAAUAGAAGAAGAAGACGUUGAGAAAAUUCCCACAAAAGUUGAAGAAAGCUUGGAUGUAGAACAACAUUUUGGAAGAAGUAUUGAUCUUCCGCAACUUCCUCUACCUCCUUUUGAUACUUGUACGGAUGCAUUAAGUAAUAACGAUGUACUGAAUGAGAAGCAGUCUCAAACAGAUUGCAUUGUAACUUCCUCAAAUUUAAAAGAGCAAAAUGUAGUAGAAGAAAUUAAAGUUCAAAUAGGAAAUUCGUUCCUUAUAGAGAAUAUUCUAAAGGCUGAAGUAUUAAAAUCCGACAAGCAAAAUUGCAACAACCUGUUAAUACACGACGAAAGAAAGGAUGAUGCUUCAAAAGAAAAUUAUAUUGUAGAGCAACCUUUAGAAAUUGCUGAACUAAAUAACUCAGAUGUAGUCAUAGCUCCAGCUGAAGAAGCAAUGGAUUUGACAUUGAGGAAAGAAGAUGCUUUGGAACAUGCUAGAGAAUUUACAGACCCUAUCCAAGAAAACGAAAAUCGUCAAGCUGACGACGAUAUUAAUUCGAUUAAAGAACCUGUUUGGCCUCCAAAAUUAAGGUCUAAAAUGGUGUCAAGAAAGGAAGAGGAUAUUCCUACAACCACUGUCGAUGAAGACACUCUGUCACCUAUUCGAACCAAAGCUGAACUAAAACUGUACGAUAAAUUUUCCCUUUCCCCAUACGUCCGUUUAGAAAAAAUUGAUGCCAUCAAAGAGAUGGAAGCUAUGAGAGAGAAGAAAGCAAAAAAGUUAGCAGAGAAUAAUAAAAAACACUCUACUGUUAACGGUACAGACAUAAAUAAUAUUAUAAAAGGGAAAUUUGAAGCAAUUAGCAAUAAACUAAGGUACAACAGCGAAAAAAGGAAAUCGAAUAUUCGAGCGAGAAGUUUCUCCAGUGAAUUUAAAGACCUUAACAAAGCAGCUGUUUUUACUGAAAAUGGUAACACGUUUAAAAUGAGUUUAAGAACGAGGAGUAAAAGCAAUGAUGUGUUUGAUAUGCCGAUCGUUGAAACUAAAUCUCGAAAUAGUAAUAAUAAUCAGGUAGGUGAAAACGUAGAGAAGAAAACAAAUAUAACCAACGACAUAUUUUACAACGCUUUGAUAAAAGAGAAAGAGGGCAGUAUAAGAAUUAAAGAAAGUGCAAGUAAAAGACAGAAUAAUAAAAAAAAUAAAUUAAUAAUCUAUACUGAUGACAUCAUUAAAGACCAAGCUUUCCCUAUUUCGAACGAUAAUGAAAAUGCGGAAAAUAAAUUCGAUAAUAACAAGAAAUUUAAUGAAAACCAGUUACAUGAAACUUUGACCAAAGAUGAAGGUGCUGUAGAGGAAACUGAAGGAUGUGUGACAAAGAAAAAAUUAAACGAAUACAGUGAUGUUACAGAAAGCUCAAAAUCGAAAGAAUGUGAUAAUACUUGUGACCCAAAACAGAUAAAUAAUCAUUUAUCCAAUAAUGAGAAAGAAGUUGAUAGUCAUAAGGUGAAUGAAGAAAAUUUAGAAUGUCACCAUGUCAAAGAAGAAUUCAAGCAAGACAUAGAAAGAAAUCAAAAACGUAAGCACACAAACAAACCUAAAUCUCUUCUAAAACAAGCAACAAAAAUAUUUAAAGCUAAAAAGAGGCUAAGAUUACAUAGCAUGAGUUCCUUCGGUACUAUAUUAGUUAAAAAAAGAAUUAAUGGGAAGUACAAAAGAACAAAAAAGCUUCUGUUCGACGAAAAGAGGAAAAACCAGGAACGAAUCGUUCAAACUACUAUCCGAAAAAAGGAAAAAAUUAGUGACAUUACAAAUGAACACGUGGCUAACAAAAAUAGUGCGGAAAAUUUAAAAAUUCAUUCAGCCAAAACCAAGGAAUUUAUGGAAGAAACAGAAACGCUUGGUAACAAAUCUACUGAAGAAAAUUCGGACAUAGUACAGGACAUUACUAGUUGCAAAAACGACGAUAUUACAAAUAAGGAUAACUCAGAAGGAGUUCAACGAAUUAGUGAAGAAAACGCUAAUAUUACCCAAGAUAAAGAGGCUAUUGUAUUUGAAAACGACAAAGAAGAAGAAGAAAGUACAAGCAUGGAUGUAGAUUUUGUUGAAGAUGUUGAGAAUAAUGAAAAAGAAUCCAAUUACAAGGAGAUUAAUCAUCUUGAAUAUGAAGAUAACAGUCAUGAGAAUUCUACAAUUCUUCCACAAGAACUUUUCUGUCUACAAGAAGAAGGGUCCAGGAAGUCAUCGACAUUCAAUGAACAUCAAGAUCAUUCAGAUAUUUUUAAACAUGAGGAAAAGAAGAAUGAAUCACAGACAUUUAAUAACCAUCAAAAUGCUGCAGAUGGUUCUAUGUUUAAAGAAGGAAAUAAUAUACCAUCACCUUUUGGAAAAUGUCAGGAUUCUUCAGAUUAUUCUCAAUACGAAGAAAGUAAAAAUGAGUCAUCACCAUUAGGGGAAUACCAGGAUACUUGUGAAAGAAGUAAUGAUGAGCCAUUAGCGUUCAACGAAUAUCAAAAUCCUUCAGAUCAUUCUCAAUCGGGAGAAAGUAAGAAUGAGUCGUCGCCCUUCGAAGAAUAUCGAGGUCCUCCAGAUUAUUCUAUGUUUAAAGAAAGCAAUAAAGAAUCAUCGUCUUUUGAAGAAAGUAAAAAUGAGUCAUCACCAAUAGGUGAAUACCAGGAUACUUGUGAACGAAGUAAUGAUGAGCGAUUAGCGUUCAACGAAUAUCAAAAUUCUUCAGAUCAUUCUCAAUCGGGAGAAAGUAAGAAUGAGUCGUCGCCCUUCGAAGACAAUCGAGGUCCUCCAGAUCAUUCUAAGUUUGAAGAAUCCAAUAAAGAAUCAUCGUCUUUCGAAGAAACUAAGAAUGAGUCAUCACCAUUAGGAGAAUACCAGGAUACUUGUGAAACAAGUAAUGAUGAGCCAUCAGCGUUCAACGAAUAUCAAAAUCCUUCAGAUCAUUCUCAAUCGGGAGAAAGUAAGAAUGAGUCGUCGCCCUUCGAAGACAAUCGAGGUCCUCCAGAUCAUUCUAAGUUUGAAGAAUGCAAUAAAGAAUCAUCGUCUUUCGAAGAAACUAAGAAUGAGUCAUCACCGUUAGGAGAAUACCAGGAUAAUUGUGAAACAAGUAAUGAUGAGCCAUCAGCGUUCAACGAGUGUCAAAAUCCUUCAGAUAUUUCACAAUUGGAAGAAAGUAAGAAUGAAUUAUCGCCCUUCGAAGAGUAUAGUCCUACAGAACAUGCUAAGUUUGAAGAUGGGAAUAAAGAAUCAUUGUCUUUUGCUGAAAAUAAGAUUGAGUCAUCACCAUUAGAGGAAUAUCAAGAUACUUGUGAAAAAAGUCAUGAUAAGCCAUCAGCCUUCAACGAGUAUCAAAAUCCUUCAGAUCCUUCUCAAUUGGAAGAAAAUAAGAAUGGGUCGUUGCUCUUCGAAGAGUAUAGAGUUCCUACAGAUCAUUCUAAGUUUGAAGAAAGGAAUAAAGAAUCAUUGUCUUUUGAAGAAAAUAAAAAUGAGUCAUCAGCAUUAGGGGAAUACCAGAAUACUUGUGAAAGAAGUAAUGUUGAGCCAUCAGCGUUCAAUGAUUGUCAAAAUCCUUCAUAUCAUUCUCAAUUGGAAGAAAGUAAGAAUGAGUCGUCGCCCUUCGAAGAAUAUCGAGGUCCUCCAGAUCAUUCUAUGUUUGAAGAAAGCAAUAAAGAACAACCCUCUUUUGAAGAAAAUAAGAAUGAGUUAUCACCAUUAGAGGAAUACCAGCAUACUUGUGAAAAAAGUAAUGAUAAGCCAUCAGUGUUCAACGAGUAUCAAAAUCCUUCAGAUCCUACUCAAUUGGAAGAAAAUAAGAAUGAGUUGUCGCCCUUCGAAGAAUAUCGAGGUCCUCCAGAUCAUUCUGUGUUUGAAGAAAGCAAUAAAGAAUCAUCGUCUUAUAAAGAAAAUAAGAAUGAGUCAUCAUCAAUAGGGGAAUACCAGGAUAUUUGUGAAAAAAAUAAUGAUAAGCCAUCAGCAUUCAACGAAUAUCAAAAUUCUUCUAAUCAUUCUCAAUUGGAAGAAAGUAAGAAUGAGUCAUCGCCCUUCGAAGAGUAUAUAGGUUUUACAGAUCAUUCUAAGUUUGAAGAAAGGAAUAAGGAAUCAUCGUCUUUUGAAGAAAGUAAGAAUAAGUCAUCACCAUUAAGGGAAUACCAGAAUACUUGUGAAGAAAGUAAUGAUAAGCCAUCAGCGUUUAACGAAUAUCAAAAUCCCUCAGAUCUUUCUCAAUUGGAUGAAAGUAAGAAUGAGUCGUCACCUUUCGAAGAAUAUCGAGGUUCUCCAAAUCAUUCUGUGUUUGAAGAAAGCAACAAAGAUUCACCGUCUUUUGAAGAAAAUAAGAAUAAGUCAUCACCAUUAAGGGAAUACCAGAAUACUUGUGAAAAAAGUAAUGAGCCAUCAGCGUUCAACGAAUAUCAAAAUCCUUCAGAUCAUUCUCAUUAUCAAGAAAGAAAGAAUGGCUCAUCCUUCAAGGAAUGGCUGCAUUCCUCUGGCCGUUUUAACGAAGAAAAUAGUACAACAAAUAAAACUAAUGAAAGUAUUGCAGAAAAAAAUAAACUUCAAGAACAAAUACUGGAACCAUCUGACGUUGUUGUUGCAACUUCUGAAACUACUGACAAAAGCAUAACCAAAAACUCGAAUGAAGAUGCUCUUCCUCAACCGCUAAAAGAUACUUCAGAAGGAGAAAUGUCGUCGGCAAUUUGUGAUUUCUUAAAAUUCAACAACAACAAUCUAACUCAGGCCGUAAAUAAAUUAAACCCUUCUGUUCCUGAUGGUUUUAUGGGAGGCUACGAUGAGACUCCUGUUCCUGAAUGCUCUGCAAUGCCUACUCUUUGUGGUGAUGAAAUAUCCAUGAAUUUUAUUAAUGAAAUAACCACCGCUCUUACUCCACACGUUGUCACCCAAGCAGUGACAUGUCAGACGACCUUAUGUUCCUCCGUCGAUAAUUUGGAAACACAGCCUUCAACUAGCACAGCAGGUCUUUUUGAUACCACUCAAGACGAAUCAUGUGUUAGUCAACACGUAGAAGUUUAUUUAACGAUUCAAACUUCAUCAGAAACGUUGGAUCAUAAUUAUAGUGCAGGGGAUCCCCUACUUUGUGGUAAAAGUAAAAGCAACAACGUGCCCUCGUGUAGUCCAAGUAAGGAACGAGUCGAGGCUCGUGAAGCAAAUCGACAACUCGAUAAUUCUCCUGUCGUCGCCGAUACUAUAUUUCCAUUUCCGGAAGAAGUUUGUAUCGAUUCAGUCAUACCAAACCAGACUAACACCAGCGAAUUAGAAUACACAUACAUCGAUAACACGUUACCAGAACAGUCUCCGGUCAAUCAAAUAAACCAAUACGGUGUUGAAAAUCUUAAGCAGGAACAAGUAGAAGAGUCGACUCCUGAUACGCCAUUGUUAAUGGAAGUGUUCAAUGAAAACGAGUACAGCGAAUACAUCGAAACUCCCAUGAGUUUGGAAUUUAUGAAAAAAUUAAUGGACGGCAAUCAAAGUCCCGAUGACGUCACUAUCUACCUCGAAAAUUUGAACAGCAACAAUGGUGUCACAUCUGCAUCCCCUCAAGGAGAAGAAUCGUCCACUAACAUUAUACCAGCACCUCCUAACCCAGACGAAAGUGAAAACGGCUCAAUCGAUUUGCAAAAAAACAUAUUUCCGUUUGUAGAUUUAGCCCUUACCGACAUAGAAAAUUAUAAUUUCGUAAGUAGCGUGGACGUACCUCCGUUUUUACCGAUGAUCGAGUCUAGAAACGAUACCAUAAAAUUACCAGAUACCACGUCAUUGAACAAAACCAAUUUACUACCGACAUCUCCUGUUUCUUCCACCACUCCAACAACAGAAACCGCCACUGUAAACGAUACCGACGCUUCAAACGUGGAACAACUGCCUGUUAAUAAUAUGGAGAUCAUGUUUAAUAGUUACCCCAACAAAAAAGUUAUCGUCGAACAUGUAAAACAAUAUCCUACGGUCAGUUGGCAAAAUGCCACUCGAACUUUGUCGGCCUGCAACGGAACAACUACUACCGAAAGACAUUUUUCCGAAUUCAAGAAAGAAAACGAAAACAAGCCAGACAAGAGCCCUAUAGCACAUAAUGAAUUAAGUAAGACAGGGAUUCGUAGAGUUACAUAUUCUAAGGUGAAAGCCCCUGGAAAAAAGACCAACAACAACUUGAUGUCGUCAGGAACGGUUGUGAAAAAUAAAGAUGUGAUAAAUGGCACUGUGGAAACUCCAUCCUCGUCGGUAUUAGAUGGUAGUAGCCCCAGCACAUCUAAUGACAAUAUAGAAUAUUUACAAAGUGAAAGCUAUAAAUCCAGUAGAGUGAUAAGUCCUGAAAUCCAGAAACAAGACACUGUUACUGUCCAAGCAAAAGAAAGCACAGAAAAAGCAAAUACAAGUAAUGGUGCAUCUUCCUUACUUAACAACAGCAACCCCUUUGAAAAUGUGGAGAGAGUUAAAACAUGUUUAGAUAAACUCCAAAACGCUACUACUCUCAAGAAACAAAGCGAGUCUUUGGAAAAACAACCCACAACUGACAUGAUCUCCCAAGAGUUUGACAUGACAGACAAAUUCAGUGUAGUCAAGUUAGUGAAAAGAACAUCAAAACUACAAUCAGUUACCAGUUACGAAGAAAACACUAGAACUGCAAGCUCAAGGAGCAGGAGUAGGUCAAAAAAUCCAAAAGUACCAAAACCAAGUGUCGCAACAGCAGACUCGAUCGGUCAAAACAAAAGUCGUGGAAAAAGAACACUACCGUUACAAGAAGACUCGUCGAAUGAAUUGUACAAUGCGAAAAAGGCAAAGAAAAUCGUCAAUGAUAAAAAACCACAAACUGAAAUUCAUACUGACGCGAGUGGUAAAAAUUCAACGUUACGUGGGAACAGCAACAAAGACAGUUCUCCAGUCUAUCGCUUGAAUCAACCUAACACUGAAAAUUUAAAGUUGACGUUGAAACGACUAUACGAUACAGACGCUGUUCCAAAUAAAAAACCUAAGUUGAAUAUUCAACAUCCUCAGGACAUGGACACCACCUUUAAUAGGCUGUUACAAGAGGGUGAUGUAAAUCCAUUUGUAAAAACCAAAAUAGAAUCAUCCAACUCUCCUAAAAGCUCAUGUAACAACAGUAGCACUAAUAAUAAAGGCAGACAUACACCGAAUAGUUCACAAGAGAAGGUAAUCAAAACCGAUAAUAAACCUCAUCACACGUUCGAACGUGCAAGUAAUAAGGGGGACUCUAGUAUCCCCAAAACGUAUGCUACCUCAAGAGGAGAUACGAUAGACGAAAGAAGUAGACGGGAUUCUAGUGGUAGUUCUAGACAUAAUUCACCAUCAGUUAAUCCUUCAGGACUGGAUACAAAAAAUAGAAAGGACAGUAGUCUCCUUAAAACGCACACCUCUUCAGAUGAAAAAAACACUACUAACAGGCGAGAUUUUAGCGGAUCGCGAAGUUAUCAUUUACAUAAUCCGUUAUCGGAAGAGAAAAUUAGACGUGGUUUAAAAGGCCAUUCGACAUCAAGUACUACCGCUUGCAACUUGGGAAUUGACGAAAGGAUUAAGCGGGAGCCAAGCCUUCCCAAAGGUUAUUACAGUGAUGCAACAUCAGUUCCGAAAAGACGAGAUUCUGGAAGUACAAGAACUUACCGUAUACCAAAUACGUCUCAUACGUCAUCAUUGGAUGAAAGGCUGAAAAGAGAAUCGUCAGCCACUCCCAAAAACUAUCCUUCAGGAAAUAGCUUGCAUAAUUUAGGUUUAGACGAACGAAUCAGGCGAGAACUGAGUGUUUCCAAAAGCCAUCCAACCGAUCCAGUUCGCAACUCGGGAUCAUACGAUAAGGUUAGGUCUGGAGAUCCGAAUUUUCCCAAGCAUAAGGUGGAUGAUAAAAAUAAUAGGAUUUACAAAGGACAUCCUCUUUUGGACCCGACGCGUAACUGUGGAAUUGAAGAUAAGACCAGGCGAGAUUCUAAUGUUUCUAAAAGCCAUUCGUCAGCGUCAGAUUCUACGCGAAAUAGUUAUCCGCAACGAGACGACAAUUUUGCGCAUCGGUCACAUCCAUCCAACAAAAAUAGCUAUUUUCUCACUCAGAUAGAUAUGGACAAAAAUAGAGCGAAUAGAAAAUCUUUCAGUUAUAACGGAAAUAGUGGUAGGCAUCAUACUCAUUAUUACUCGGAUCAGCAAAAACACCAAAAAUUCAACGGUACCAGCGGUGGUAGCAGUAGCCAACCAUACUAUCGAGAACCAAGUCUUUCUAGAUCUUAUCAAGGAUCGAGUAGUAGUGGAUCUCAAUCAAGACUUGACAGUGAUUAUACCAACAGUCAGAGAGACGACCCUAAAUAUUGUUAUUUGACUAAUAUAAGACUGGGUAAACCGCAGAAACCGCAAGCAUCGCCAAGAGAUCAUUCCCUUUGGCUCCCCUUAAGUUCCCUCCUUCCGGAACCGAAAGUAUCAUUCGGCGAACCGAUACAAGAAACAACUAAAAAUAAAGAAGCGAAAUCGUGAGAGUAAUAUAUCGUUUAGUGAAGAAUUGUUGAAAGUUUUUAAAUAAUACGUAAACCGCUCCUAUUUUUAUUAUUUACGUUUUUAUAUGAUUAUUAUUAUUAUUUUUAUUAUUGUUUAAGUCCGAUGGUGUGUUGUAAAAAUGGUGAUCCGAAGAAAGUUUAUUUUUAGAGAGUUUUACUCGUUAAUCGUGCAUCAUACUAAUAAUAUUAAAGAUUUUAUUUAUUGUUUUCAUGGCGGAAUACUGUACAUUUUGUAAGAUAAGGCGCUUGCCUUGUUGUAAAAAUUAUGCACUAGUGAUUCGUUUUUAGGACAUUUUUGCCACUUUUAUUAUUUAUUGUACAAUAUACAUAUACUUUUAAGUAUAGAUAUAAAUAAAUAAAUAAAGGUUCAUAUUGUAUUGUUGUUU